AUGGCCGACAAAAAGAAUUUUAAGCGAGUUAUUAGACGCAUGAAUAAGGACGUCGAUGAAGAGCUGGACAAGCGAAGGGUCCUCAGCAAAAUGAAGCUGUUUGUGUUGGACAAUUCUCUUCGCGAAAGUACGGUGGGUCAGCUUCGAGGUCACACGAUCGAAAACAAGUGGAAAAUCUAUGAGCAGGUAUUUUCUUAAGAACAUUUAGGUUAGCAAAUAAUAAUGUCUAAAAGUUCCCUUUAGUUUUUUUAAUUGUCUUGACGUGACUGGUCAUUAAUUGUCAACACUGCAGUAAUAAAGUUCCAAUAUUAGAAGCCCUUUAUAGAGUUCUCUCCUUUCAGCGUAGCUCUGGCCUUUUUUGUGGAAGGCUAAUUUUGCUAGCCGAAAUAUUGGUCUCAAAUAAAUCAGCCCUUCGCCGUAUUGCCAGCCUUUCAUCCAGGUUUGUUUUCAUUCCAAUGGCGUUGCCCAGGAAACUUUAAACCUUAAUAUAGAAUUGAAUGCAAGUUGUCCUUUAAACUAUUAUUGAUAGAUUGGUUUAUUUCUUUUUAAUUACUUCCAGAUAAAAAAGGUUGGCUACAAGCACAUCAUCGUAGCCUCUUUCUCUCACAUGACUCGCUUGGGUGACACCUUCAUUCGCCAGUUGCACGAAAAAGGGGAGGACUUCACCAACCUUUGGGCGUUCAGCGAGUUCCUGGAAUCUGUCGGCAAAGACAAAGUGCCAGAUACCGAGACUAUUCCAAUUGGCAUGCUCAAGUGUAAGGAACUGGGCAUAAAGAACGUCAUCAUAGAAGCAGACUUGGUUUGGGCAGGCAUCGACUACAAGAAGUUUAAAGUUGAGGCAAUCAAUCAGCUAUUCUCUGAGAGGAUGAGAUGGUGUCGUGAAAACCUUUCAAAAGAUUGCAGAAUACUCUUCAACUUACGAGAUCUUCCAGACGGUAUGAAGAAGAGGCCAAAACGAAUUUUUAAGGUAGUAAGGUACCUUUCCUCCCUUCCCCCAGACGAGCGUCCCUUCGGUCUGGUGACCGAAGAAUCGGGGAAGUAUCUUCCAGAAGAGGUUGGUGGAUGGAUAAAGGCCGUACGCAGAGAAAUGGACGAUUGCGGCUUUGAUGAUGGACACUUGCUUGUUCACGUGCACGAGCAGUGGGGAAUGGCAGACAUCACCCAGUUAGAAUGCCUUGUCAAUGGUGCAAAUGGUGUUUGGGCGAGUCUCAUCAUAGAGGGAGCCUCCAUGGGUCAUGCAAGCUCAACUGUCACCCUGAUGAAUAUGAUUCGCAUGGGAAACAAGAAGGUCCUAGAGCAGUACAACUGUACGGCUCUACGCAAAGCUGCACAAGAGGUAACCAGGAUCACCACUGGACGAGAAGCGUAUGACAGGCAGGUUGUCUAUGGAGAACGAGCCUUGGAUAUGGUGUUUGGAAUGCCAAACUUUACCCCAAGUAAGAAAGAAUUUAGCAUAGCUGAUUUCUUCGGUGAAGAAACGGUCAUGCGAAUGACAACUCUGGCCUCCCCUGGAAUGAUUGUAACAAGGCUGACGAAACUCUUUGGAGAUGAUCCCCAGUUCACAACCGAGAGAGCCCAAAGAAUGCUAGAAGUUAUGUUGGAGGAUCUGCACAAGAACAGGAAAGAGGAGUACAUGAGCGCAGUUGGCCUCGCAUUGUUGUUUGAUCGGGCUGGUGGCAGUCUCACCGAGCAAAUGAGCGACGCCAUCGCCAAAGAAGAGCCAAAGAAGGUUCACGCGCAACAUCUAAUUGCCGAGGUUCGUGCCAUGUGGGAUGAGUGGGACCUGCGAGAUGGUGAGAGAGAUGACAAGUUGGAGUUUGAUGCCUUCUACAAUGGAUUCUUGGCACCGUACUUUGGUUGCUACAGAUGCGAUGAGACGAAGGGCGCUUUGAAGGCCAUCGACAUGGAUGAAGAUGGGACUGUUGAUUGGAACGAGUUCGCCUUGUACCUGAAGUGGGCCAUUCGCGAAUACCCCGAGACCAAAACGGCUGAUGAUCUGCUGUCCAUUGCCUUCCGCAAAGGUUUGAUCCCAGCCAUGCAAGAUGAACUAUUGAAGCAGGUUUGAUGAACUCAAGCAAUGAAUGCAAGGUUUUUUUGUGGAUCGGUUUAGAAAAACUGAUAUGAACUUACUUGCUUCCAAGUUCGCGUUCUAUAAAUGAAGUGGACUAAGUCCACUUUUCACACAGUCUGAAGGCAUUGAGAAAAAUUUUUGGCUCUUACUUAAUGCUAUUUUCUUCCUUAAAUUUACGGUUUUUGUUUGCAUGAAAUUUUGGAAAUGUUUUAAUUUCUUCUCUCUUCGUUUGGUUGUGUGAGCAUUAAAACGUUUUUGAGAAAGCAGUCACAAUGUCUAGUGUAUGAACUAUGUGGUUGAUCAAUCGGUUACGCAUCCUUACUGCGCACCCUAUUCAUAUAGCAAUGUUCCAUCAAAUCAUGUAUCACUGAUGUAUCAACAGCGCGUGUGUAAAACGGAAAAAGAGGUUUAAAAAGGGCUGGUGCCGCCAUUACAUUUGCUUUGCUACACAUCAUACUGUCUUAGACUGAGGGUGCCCCCUUUUGUCCUUUUGUAGAUCAUUCUAAGCCAUCUACGUUUUAACUGAAAAAACAUUCACUUGAGAAUUAAUUAUUUUCCAUUUCAAUUUCAUGUGCGUUGGAAUAUUUCACUAUACAGAUUCAGGAGCCUAUUAACAGGCUCCUGACAGAUUUGCUCUUUAAAGAAAAGAAUAUUGUCCUACCCUUGUUUGCUGUGAAAUUUUAACCCAAAUUACUGCGAGCAAGACAGCCUUCCCCGCGGACGUUUUUUUGGUUCGUCACGCAAUCCUCUUUAAAGAACAUGCGGCAGGAACGCGUGACGAAUCCCCUAAGAACGUCUGCGUGGGAGGCUAAGCCAAACAACUACUUUCUUAGGCAAUCGCCACCUUUAAUUCACUUAACAAUUGUCGUACUAAAUGAAUUGUCUGUUUGAUGAUAUAGAGCAAUUCAUUGAUAAGAGGGUGGCCUUGUUUUUUCUCUUUUUAUAUGGAAAUACCGUGCACUGACGUUUCAAGGCUCUUUUCGCACCAGGUUUAAGACGUUUUAAGGUUUUAAAGGUUUUAAGACGUUUUUUUUUGCUAUCUCAAACUGUUUCAAGGUAUAUUUUAUGAGAUAAUUAUUUGACCGGCGGCUAGUCACCGUAACCUUCUAAAUUUGUUUUCUUUGGGGAAAAACGAUUAUUUCUGUAACCUACAGAUGUUAGCCUGUGCGGCAGACCGUAUAAAUCUUCUCUACUUUGUGGUGCCCGAGCCGAUUUAUGACGAUUUUAUGCUUGACCGUUUCACCAUUUUAUACCUGACGAGUUUGAUGGAUAUAAAUUUGCUGGGGCACCGGACAGUAAAGAAGACACGCACAACUUAAGAGUUUUGCUCCAAUCAAAUGGAAAGUGAAACAUGUUCGAUUUUAACAGCCGAGAGGGCACGGGCACGAUCAGGUCGAGAUUCGCAAGAUAAUUGUGCUUACUAAUGAGGAUAUUUUCAGUUGUAAUUUAAGCAGCAAUAGAAAACGUUUUCCGUGUUUGCAUAGCCUGAUAUAAACACGAGAGCGGUUGGGAGAAUUCGAGACAGUAAUGCAAACCCGAGACGAAGGUUUGAAUAACUGUCGAGAAUUCUCCGAACCCCUCGAGUGUUUAUAUCAGGAUAUGCAAACACAGGAAAAACGUUUUCUAUUGCUUUUAUAAGAUAACUUUCCCGUGAAAAAAAGCAAAAUUCUCUUGUUUAGAGCAUUGAUUAAAAGCGAAAUUCUUAGCAGUCGCGAAGUCUUGCACGCGAAGCUUGUACGCGUAAUCAGUCUUUGUUUUGCAAAAAAGAAGCUUUCCAAUAUACGCGUUUUUCUCGCUUAAAAUGUCAGCUCAAGCGAAAAAAAAUUGACACAGCAUGUUUCUAAAGAUCUUUCAAGUUUCAACCGACGAGGAAAUGGGUAAAUAAAGUAAACUUGUCGAGUUCUUCAACUCAAAACCUUUUUCAAAUUCGUGCUUGCGUGAUUAGUGCGCGAAAAGCAAAACAUUUUGACGUUACAACCAUGUUUACAUACUCUAAUGCAGACACGCCUCUCGGCCAUUCAGAGUGCGCGUACUAUCUUAGUUAUUUUAUAAUGCGUGCUAAUACGACUUGUUGGUCAUCUCGAACCUUAUAGCUUUAUGAAAUGAGUCCUUCUUAUGGUAUUUGUGUCGAAAAUAAGGGAAAAACCUGCUAAAUUGUCGCGCAUUUUGCGUGAGUCUCACGCCUGUGUAUUAAAGACAUCGAUCUCUCGCAUCAAGGCAGACGAAUUGUUCUCUAACACAUGAAUUAUAAUGAAAAUUCAAUUAAAAAGGCGUUCAAUCUAGACAGAAGUGACGGAAGCGACGGAACAUCUUGGAAGUUUUCGGCAACGUUCGGAAGUCUUCGGAAAGUGAUCGGAAAGGGCUUAGCCGGUCACACAAACAGCGAGUCUGCCUGUGCUUCAAAAACGAUUGGUAGAAAUAUCUGAAGACAUGACGCCCGGGGGGUUUCACCCUGAUGUUAUUGUUAACGUUUAGCCUAAACGGGCACGUGCUGGUGAACAGGGUAUCGUAUUUAUUCGAUUAAACGCCGCGGCGUUUAUUAAUUUAUAAGCCUUUAAAUCCCAUUCAGACCGGGCUUUAAUUAUUUUGCUUCCUGCAACCCGGGGGAAACGUCGGUCUAUAACUUCAAAACCGCUCAUCCUACGGCCACCAAAAUUGCACAUAUGCAAAAGAAAUUAAUCAGGGUAAUAAAAUAAGUUUUAUUGUCUUAAACAGUCGAUAAACAGGGUAGCAAAAUGCCUUUUGGCGUAAACAGGCCAGGUAUAAAGGCCACGGCAGCACACCUCUACCCACACAUCCUUUGUUGCCCCUCCCCCCCCCCCAGGGGCCAUGAUUUGACAUUUAUAUUUACCCAACAGGAGGGCAUUUUGCAUGCGCAUGCGUGAAUCCGCUGAACGACAAUAGCGUGGGAGCAUCAAAUCUGAUGGCGGGAAAUCGAAAACUCGCGCGUAAAAUUACAAUCCUUUUAAAAGCCAUUUCGUUGGUGCUUUGAAUACCGUACUUUCCUACAAAAAAUAUUCGCCAUGACAAAAAUCGGACGUUUUCUACGCUGGUUUUCACUCGUAGAUUUUUCAGCAGUAGGUUUUCUUGGCCUUUUAAAGACUUUCAAGACUCAACGCCAAAAAGUCAUGUUCCUGUGUAAGUCUGAUUUUCACUGGCAAAGCAAUGCAUUCCUAUGGUUUGAUUUCCAAACUCGUGGUUUUACUUAUCAGGGAAAAUGCAUCGUUGCAAUGUUCAGCUGCUUUAAGACAAAAAAGCGAAACAAAAAUUACCACGCGAGGUUUAUUUAUUAGCGCGAUGUCUCAUGUUAAACUGAUCGGGGAGACACGCGUUUAUAUUUGCCACAAAAACAUGAAAUCUAUGGGGUUUUUACAGUUUUUCGAAAGUUUUCGCGGAAAAAUUUAUAAAAAAUAUUCUACAGGAAAUGAAGAAUGGAUUGAGUUUGAGACAGCAACAAUUACAAGUGAUUAAUUAGUACUUAAUCAUUUGAGCAUUUCAUAAACUCAGUUGCAGACAAAACGAAUGCACAUACUCCGAAAAAACGAACGGUACUUUUAUUUUUCUUUCACUCUAAAAGAUACAGAGAUUUUCCUAAGCUACUAUUUUGAAGCGACUCUUGAGUAACAGCUCCUGCGUUCCACAAUCGAUUUCUUGUUAUUAAUUUAAAUUUGAUGACAGUAGUGAUCCAUUCAAAACAAAGAAUGGCCAUCACUCCAUAAAUCUGACGAUGUUGCUCACCUUCAAAGCCUGUUUAAACAUAAGACAGGAAGUUUGUUAAAGGGGUGCAAAUAAUGCUGUUUUCUCAGAAAAUAAAUACUUCUGCUAAAGGACCCAAAUGAGCUGGGAUGCGACAACAAACAUGACACAAAUGGAUAGAUAAAUUUGUCUGUUAUUAAUGUUUCUGUUGAGAGCUUUUUACUGUAUCCAGAUGAACCCCUUAUGUAAGUUGUACAUCAUGGAAGAAUUAUCAAGCAGAAACUGAUGCAUUAAACAAGAAUGUGGUUCAAUACAGAGGAGAAGCUGGUCUCAGUCAACAUCCUUCGUGAAUGAAAUGUCUCACAAAUUAGCAUAUCAACAAAUUUAGUAUCCACAAAAUGGUAUCAUUUAGAAAAAAUGCGAUUUUUUUGCAGCAGAAGCCAGGAUUUAUUUAAAAGGUGUAUUGAUAACGUUUCAUUUCGUGCUAUUUUGGGGUUGGGGAGUUAGGCUAGUUUUUCUUUAAAACGCCAAAAUGUUAUAUUUAUUUGCAUAAUGAAAUGUAAACAAACAGUGUAUCAUCAAAAUAUGGUGGAAAAAAUCAGAAUUCAAACCGAUUGCUGUAAUUUUUUUCCUUUGUAUACCUAAAUGAUAGAAUAUUCGUAUUUUCAAAACACAAUCUUACUGGCAUCAUUAUAUUGAUUUAAAUUUAUAGUUGAAGUGCGUGUAUUUUAUUUCUCAACGAAGACGUAUCGGAGAAGAAAGCUAAAAUUACUGCAGAAGGCGAUUUUUCACAGCCUUCAUCAAAGCGCCAUUCAUUCGCGGAAGUAUUCUUAGUUUCAUUAAUCAUUAACUUAACCUGGGGAGAAAGGCAAGAUUUCGAGAUGAACAAGCCGGAGAAAGGGGGAAAAACAGUUUCACGGCAGAAUGGAUACUUAAUUAACCACUGUAUUCCUGAAACGAUUAAGUUCGAUUUUGGAGUUAUACUAUUGAGAAGAAUUAAGUUUCUAUAGGAUAAUUGUUUAACGAAAAACUAUCAUACUGACCUUUUCCUCCUGCUCAAAAAAUGUUCGCGAAAUGUUAGGUGAUAAGAACAUUCAGCCGCCAUCUUGUCUUCGAUGUACUGUUUUACGAAAGGAAAGACUGUCCUUUCAAGGGCGACAGCGAAGGUACAACAAACUCACUUUCAUCGUAGAAAUACCUCGAUACCUUAAAGAACAUGUUUGUGGAACGUAGCACCCAAUACACGUCAAUCAGCGCCAGAAAACAGCCUGCAAAUGCUGGUACUGAAUGUAAACAAUUCAUAGAAAAUGCCUCUGUGGUCGCUCUGUGGCACUUCAACAGCCCAUAUUGACGCAUGCGCAUACAAAAUGCCCUCCUGUUUAUUUACCCUUAAUCGCACACCAACACACAACAACGCACACUGUCGCUGUCUUUAGUAUUCAAUUAGCAUGGAACUCCCAGUCGCACGUAUUUCCUGAUUACAGUCAAACCCCAUCAAGACGGACACGGAAGGGGCCAUACAAACUGUCCGUAUUAAGAGGGUCUUCGUGGACUGGUCAUGUCAUUUAAGUCAUAAACACCUUUUAUUACAACAAAACACUUAUCGACACUUAGAAAAUAAAGGAGCGUCGUCAAAUUUUAAAACAUCUCUAACCUGUCUCUCUCCUUAACAAAGCCAUCACUAGUUUCCCGGGGGAGGGGGGAGGGUACUCCCUUAUAUAAGCCAUACAGGUAUGUGCCGCCCCAUCGGGUAGGAUUUUUACGCCGUUUUGGUCUGAAAAAGGGGUUAACAUGUUGUUGCCCCCUUUGGUCGGGAAUCGGGUAUGCUUUUCGAGGGAACUACGGAUUGUAUGAACGUAUUUAUCGUUUUGAUUCCAAAUGAGUACGAAAGAAAGAGAAAUAUUCGAAUUCGAAAUGGAUUUGAAUAAUUUUUUUGGUUGUGCUCUAAUCUAGUAAGUAAUCAUAACAUGAUUUUUGCCUUAAGGCCAGGUCUAAAGACGGGUGUGGAAAAUUAUAUGUUUUGGUCUGAAAUCGGGUCAGGAUUUGGAGAACCGGGAGGCACGCCCCAACCAAGAAUUCCCAGGAGUACCCCCCGGGCUAGUUUUGCAGACUAAUCCACGGAAACUCUCAAGAAUCGCUCAUCUAUAUAUUGCUUUCGGGAAUUGCUUAAUCAAAGCCGUUCUCUACAUAACUCGUUUGAUGCCGAAAGUCUGAAAUUGGCGUAGCGUAUACAAAUCGCCGAGAAAUUGUCCUAUCCUGAAGGUUUUUUCACCUACACAGGAAAGGUCUAUCACAGCAAACAGUUGAUAAUGAAGUGUGCCAGGAGCCCAUAACUCGGAGCAUCUAACUUCCAUACUGCGCCUAUGCAACGGCGUUUUCACGAGUAGGUUUAUUUUUAGAUAAGCCUUUCCCGCGAAUUGCUUUCGAAAAGCCAAUCACAAGCAAGUGCGUCAUCAAUAAUAAACUUUUAAUACGUAACCAGGGCAACUCCUUCACAUUGAAAAAAAAGCAUGGCAGACGCACGUGAGGAAUCUUCAGAGGAUUCUUCUGAUAGUACUUCAAGCGACAAUUUCAGUAUUUACACGGAAACUAGCAGUUCAGAGGAAAAUCUGCAAAACGCAGAAGAGCCCGGGACGUCUACUUCAUCGGCGACAACGCACAAUUCAUGCAAAGGGAAAUCGACAUCAUCUUCGAAACAGUCGGCUGUGAAAAGGUCCAAGCGACAUCAGUCAUUUUUCGCGGGAAAAGCUUAUCUAAAAAUAGACUCACUUGUACAAACGCCGUUGCACAAAUUUAUGGCAGCUGCACGCUCCGGGUUAUGGGCUCCUGAGUGUGCGCAUUAGCGAGGUUGAAUUUCUAUGAGAAUCUGUUGAUUGGGCAACAAACAAGUGCCCGUUGUCCGCAUUGACGCGUGUCCGUAUUAAGUGGGUUGUAUUUCGAGAAAAUGUAGGGGCGUCAGUCCCAGGGACAAAGAAAACUGUCCAUAAUGACGAAAUGUCCGUAUCAAGUGGGUGUCCGUAAACCGGGGUUCGACUGUAGUUCAUUAGUAUCGAGCAGAGCUCAGGUUAAUAUCAGGAAAACUCAGCUGCUCUAAUAAUCACUUUAUUUUUGAGAAUUUGGGCAAGGAUGAGGGAGAACUCAGAGAACUGAUUAAUGAAUUGUAUGUCCAAUCCUCCUUGACUAGCACGUAUACGCUUCAGGCUGGUGAAAAACUAAAAUUACUGAUCAAUUUGGAUGUUUCUUCUCGGUCAGUCCGGGAGAUACCCAUUUCUGGAUAUAUGAUGACGUCACUGAUAAUUGCAUCUUGGACCUUCAAUCCUUCAACGAUUAAACGAUAAAUCGGCAUUAACGCUUUUGCGCCGCUUUUAUUCUGGUUCCUUUUAUUUAUGGCAUGAGACCAAGCGUUAUUUGUAAAGGAACAUCAGAGGAACAUGUGAAACAAAAGAAAGAUGGCGUGCCUCUCUGCAACGCAGAGAAAGAGCUGCGGAAGCUGAAUUCAACGGUUGUGUUUUUGAUGCAGUCUGAGUGGAGUCGUCUUUGAAUUCUUGCAAAUUUCAGGAAUGUAAUAAUUUUUUUCUGGUUGCGAAAAAAUCACUCCGAGAUACUAGAGUAAAUUUGCAUGCAUGUUGUUUAUUCAAACAAAAUCCAUAUACACGAAACUUUAGUUGAUAUGCACGGCCCUUGAAAAUCUGUGAAGUGUGUAAUUUCGGCGCCAUUACUGUUUCACUGACGUGUGAGCGCUUCGUGCCGGAUCGUAUUCUAAACUGAUCGAUCUUUGGUUUCGUUUAAUUUGGAAUUGUUGGUGUUACAAGGCGGUGCAAAUUUUUAUUAGUUUUUAAAUCCAAAAUCCCUAGAUUACACUGUGGAGCUUUGCUAACGUGUUUGUACAUGUUGCUUUGAAUUUUGUGACGUUACUGGAUUUUAGUGGACAACCCUUUUCAUUUUGAAAACAGUAAUGCGUAGCUACUCGGCGACAACACUUUUUUUGAAUAUUCAUCCCACAUAAUUACUAAAAAUAUAUAAAAAAUUUCGAGUUCCGCAGAAUAAGAUAAUAACCCAAUAAUGGAACUAGAACUUUUAUGGGAGCGGCUGUUGCGAUUCCCGUAAGGCAUGGAGAUCCACACAGACCUCCUCGGCCUGUUUCAGACUCCAGACAUGACACUGACACGACAGAACCAAAUGCUCCGAGAUUGAUUAAUUUUUCAAGGUAAAACAAACAAACAAACAAACAAAAACGGACGGCUUCUUUCCUUUCCAUUCACCAUUGACCAGGACACGUAAAAAACGAAUACUGUAAUAUUCAGUGAAUUUGGCGGCAAAUAGUGUUUUGAUACCAAAAUAUAUAUAACAAGUCGCAUAAGGAAACUUUCAAGUGUCUUCGAUAAAUCAGGCUUGGGCUCGAAAUAUAGGGAGGGGACAGCGUUUCAGCACCCAGAGUGGACAAUAUACCAGUUUCUUGUUCUUUCUUUCUUUCUUUCAUUAUUUUUGUUUUUAUGUUAAUUAUGUUAUGUUAUGUUAUGUUAUGUUAUGUUAUGUUACGUUAUGUUAUGUUAUGUUAUUUAUUUUGUUAUUAUAAAUGUAUACAAAAAAUAUUUUAAUAUUAUUGUUAUUUUAUUUAUUUCAGUUAUUUUUUCAUAAAAAUUACUUUAAUUUUUUCAUGUUCCAGGAUGUUCCGGAAUGUUCCGUGAUGUUCUGUGUUCUGCGUUUUAUCGACGGCCGAAUCUCGUUUCGUCUGGCUGAUCGUGCAUGAACAAAAGAAUGCGGCUUGUUUUAAUAUUUAAAUCGAUUCGGGAAUCUGAAAAAUGCAAAUUAGUUUCAUUUCAGUCACAAAAAGCAUCCGGCUGGAUCAGGUAUUGACCGUUGAAACAACGGAAGUCCAACCGCCUCAAAACAGGGGACAGCAAUUUCAGGUAAGGAAUUCCAGCUUUUCUCUUUCGUGUACACCGCUUGGAAUUCCUAAGUUGUCGCGUAACAGCAGUUUGUUACCUUUUCGCGUUUUCUCGACCGCGUUUCUGUAGGUCAUCUAUUCUUGCAGUCUGAAAACAACGCCACGAGCUUGACACAAAGAAAUAAUCUAGGUUUCCGAAUCAUACGUAAGUGUCACAAGUCAGGCGAUGAUCAAUACACGGAGCUAUGAAGAGACUCAUUAAGACUCUUAAUCACCAAUGAUUAAGAUAAUAACGAAUGAAAAAGCCACCAGAGCGAUUUAAUAAGCCCUCGUCCAUAGAGGACGUGAUGGAUUGUGAGGUGGUUCUAAAUGUCUCCGAAUCAUACGGUGUGACCAUUCAAAUAGAACCUCUUUCCCUGUACUUUCACGUGGAGCUAUCUAUUUUCAGCAUUUUACGAAUGAAAUCUGGAAAUUUUGUCCCGUUUUGGGAGUGAAGGGCAAAGCUAAUUUCUUGUCUCCGCACUUCAUCUACCAGAUGAACCAUGAGAAACCGCUACUGCCGCCUCUUGUGCUUAUGACAAUGAUAAUUCGGAUUAAGGAUUUGAAUGAAAGCUGAACACGCUAUGAUAUUUAUAUCUGCAACGAACAGGGCGGUAAAUUGUGAACACAAAAACUCUUUACUUGCAAGGUAAUAACUGUUUCGUGUGGCACAAAAAAUCACGCGGUCCAAGAGGUCACAAACAUAAUUAAAAACUCCAAGUGACGAUUAACGAGUGAAGAUGACGUCUGUGCAUGACCGGUUGAUCUUUGGUUGGGGACGCAGGACGAACAAAAUGAUUAAUACAACAAAAAGUUUUCGAAAUUCUAGUCAUUUUUGUCCUUAAACUAAAACCCUGCAUCCAAGUCAUCAGAGAAAAGAUGUACUUGAAACAAAUAAUAAUAAUAAUAAUAAUAAUAAUAAUAAUAAUAAUAAUGAUAAACAAUAAUGCCGAGGAUUAAAAUAAUCAUUUAACACGUGUAGUGUUUUCCGCGGGAAGGCUGAAAAGUGCAAAGGGAAAAUUUUGCACUUUCCAGCCGACUUACCCGUCCCACUAGCUCAUUUUAACUUAUUCUCCUUUGUUCAACAUAACCCUUCCAAAAUAUUUUAGAGGAUAAGGAAAUUGCCUGGGAAACAAAUAGCGGCGGCAUAUUAACGGGCAGACAGAAGUCGUCGACGUGUUCACACAAUCUUUUCUUUGUUUUACAGUAUAUGGCCACAGAUCAUAGACUUGCCACAUGUACAAGUCAACCUCACGAGUUUCUAAGAGAGUGAAUCGAGCUUUUUGGGCCGCGAAGCGAGCUAGCGAGCGAGCGAAGAAGUGAUUUUUUUAAAAGUCUAGGCCAUAGAUUGACGGCAUUGAUGGGAAACUGAACGUGACUACAAAUCUAUCGGUUUACCGCUCUUUGACCUCUUUUACUAACAGGGUCCUAACAGUCUUCAGAUCAGAAUAGAUACGUUUCGUGAACGGAUAACGAUUGCUCUACCCUUAACAGCCUCAAACAUUGUUCGAAAGAUGGUGUGCCCCAGUUUGCAGAGUUAAACGGACUCGUGUGGACAUCCUUAUUAACUGCCUUAACUUAUCAGGUCAAAAAUAGCAAUUUCAGUUAUUUAACAUAAGUCAAAAGUCCGGGAUUAGAAGGUAUUCUUAUUUAAAUUUCACCAGAUUAAUAGCAAGAAAGUACAAAAGAACUGAGCCCAAAACCGACCAAACAGACGAAAAUUUUAAAACGCAACUCAAUCACUGUAAGGUUUCUCAAGCAGUUUGAGGUCUUUGGGGUCUGUUUACCUAAGAAAAAUUGCUUUAUUGGCUUUAACUUUUCCGAUGAAGAUGGAACUGUCUUCAAAUCUGGUAUACGGAAUGAAAAAGCACUCGUCCUUAACAUUUUGUAAUAUGACAAACGAUUCUUAAUGCAGUUCAGUAAGUCACGUAUAGUGUCACUUGACCAUUUUAUCUGAAGAUCGUGAAAUGAUUGACGAAUUGGCCCGAUUUAAUUCCUCACGUUUCACAUGUCUGUCUAUUCAGCUUUGAUAAAAAGCACAUAAGGUCAAACUUUCAUUGUAAACUUCGGGUGCAUUCAUUCCAAACGUAGCAAGUAACAGUAUGGUUCCCCUCAAUCCAAAACGUCCUUUUUAUGUAAUAAUGCAAAUCCCCAACCAAUACGUAAAUUUCCUUCAUAUUCCUAUUUCAAGAAAAUGUCGUCUCGUUCCUAACGAGCCGAUAUAUUGCUUACAUUUUCUGAUGAUACACCUCUGACCCGUUAAAGGCCUUUGAGUCGAACAAUAGAGUGAGGUGUUUGGUAUCAAAAAUGGGGUCCCAUUUCACAUUUUUUAAAUAUAUUCUUGCACCUAUAAAUCAAGUAAUCAUAUAUGGAAUUUUUUUCUGUACUUUUCAAGGAUUAAAAGCAUAAUUUUUCCGAUCACUUUAAAGAGCCUUAGAUCUAACAUGAGCCUACAUAUGGGGCCGGGUAUCCUGCCCCUCUAAUCGUGUAACGUAGAUGGGUUUUCAGCCUUUCUGUCAAAAAAGUAAAAGUCGCGGAAAAAAUCACUUCUUUCAUGCCUUUUUUCAUGCUAUAUUUUCAUUUUGCUUUCCAACCUUUUAGACACAAAGACGUUUUUUUUAUCUCCUGUUACGUGCUCCUCUUUGUCCCUUUGUCCGUCACUUGAAAGCGGGAAUCAUAAUAACCUUUCUUGUUUUUCUGUUCAACUAGACGGAGAAUCAGAAAUUUCAGCUACGCCAUAAUGUCAUCAUUAAAACGCAAGAAAAGUGACUCGGACGAGCAGGUGGAAAUGCGGAAGGCACAAAAACAAGCGUGAGUUCAAUCUAUAAUUAGACAGCAACUAGAAGGAAGGGCACAUGAAAUAAUUUUGAAUUAUAAUAAACGCUCGAGGCAAAAUGAGACGGCAGCAUUUAGGGGCAAAAACAUGGCCGCACAAAAUAUAGUUAAAAGCGUGAGCAUACGUGAUCCCAGAAAUCCAGUGGCCCUUGCAAAAAGAUGAAAGGGGUGACCAAAUAUCAUAUUUUCCUGGGCAGUGACACACAGCGUUGUAAAUUGCUAAUGAGGAAAGAUGUUGACAAUUUUUUUGACAUGUUUUCUAAAAAUUCUAAUACCUUUGGUGGGUUCCAUAUAAACUGACAGAAAUAAAUAAAAUUCAAAGAUAUUUUGAAGGCGGAUUCAUGCAUUUGGAAGGUUUCAUUUCCUCUCUGUUGAAACUUCACAACUGUGCCUUCAAAAUCUUGGAUUUUUAUGGCUCGUUCGGUGUUAGAUGGUUCUAAAAAAGAUUUGGAAAACGUUUAAAAAAGAUGUAAAAAUAACUUUGUUUAGUGGCAACGGUUGGGCAAGCUUACCUUCACAAUAGAUGACAUUUUCCCUUCCUUUUGUUGUCUUUUUUUAGGAGCGGUUCAAUGACCGACAAAGAGAUGAUUGCAAGAUCAAUUGAUCGCAUGCAUCAGGAUAUAGAAGAGCAGAAAGAUAAACGAAAGGCCCUUAGACAGAUGGAGCUAUUCGUCUUAGACAACUCUCUUCGUGAGAGUACAGUGGGUCAGCUUCGAGGUCACACUAUCGAGAACAAGUGGAAAAUCUAUGAGCAGGUAAUAAAUUUUAUUUCAUUGACGUUACCGGUAGAGUUACUGGAGUUUUCUAAUUUGUUGGAAAAUAGGUUGAGAUAUACCAAUUCAUUUUCUAGCAUCUAACAAAAAAAAUUUAAGCAACUAAUAAUUGGGUAAAUGGAAAUAGAAUUUUCUCCUUUUUAGGGUUUCGCUCUCUUGUUCUUUAAAGUUAUUUUGUUAACUAUUACGGCAAAUUGUUAUAGCAAUAUAUGAAUACCUGGGAGAAAAUAUAAUUAAUAGUCAUUGUAAGACUCGUGAAAUCACGAAAGUUGAUAUUAAGUAUAGUAUGUUUCCUUAAUGCAUUAUAAACCCCGUCUUCCCACUGAAUACUAAUCGCGCCAUCUAACGUCUGCCGGCAAUAACGGCAACUGAGAGUCAUAAAGGUUCAUAUUUGACACGGGUUUGGCAUACCGCUUAGCUCAGCGUAAACCUCAAUAUUUCAGAGUUGUAAAUUACUAUCACAGUCAAUAUUUUCUAUUUGUAAUCUAGAUAAAAAAGGUUGGCUACAAGCACAUCAUUGUCGCCUCUUUCUCUCACAUGACUCGCUUGGGUGACACCUUCAUUCGACAGCUGCACGAAAAAGGAGAGGACUUCACCAACCUUUGGGCGUUCAGCGAGUUCCUGGAAUCUGUCGGGAAAGACAAAGUGCCAGAUACCGACACUAUUCCAAUUGGCAUGCGCAAGUGUAAGGAACUAGGCAUAAAGAACGUCAUCAUAGAAGCAGACUUGGUUUGGGCAGGUAUCGACUACAAGAAGUUUAACGUACGAGACAUGAAUCAGCUUUUCUCUGAGAGGAUGAAAUGGUGCCGUGAAAACCUUUCGAAAGAUUGCAGGAUACUCUUCAACUUACGAGACCUUCCAGAUGGUAUGAAGAAGAAGCCGAAGCGGAUCUUUAAGGUAGUAAGGUACCUUUCUUCCCUUCCUCCAGACGAGCGUCCAUUCGGUCUGGUGACCGAAGAAUCUGGCAAGUAUCUUCCAGAGGAAGUUGGUGCAUGGGUAGGAGCCGUACGCAAAGAGAUGGACGAAUGUGGGUUUAAGGAUGGACACUUGCUUGUUCACGUGCACGAGCAGUGGGGAAUGGCAGACAGCACCCAGUUAGAAUGCCUUAUUAAUGGUGCAAAUGGUGUUUGGGCGAGUCUCAUCAUAGAGGGAGCCUCCAUGGGUCAUGCCAGCUCAACUAUCACCCUGAUGAACAUGAUUCGCAUGGGAAACAAGAAGGUAACUAAGCAGUACAACUGUGCAGCUCUUCGCAAAGCUGCACAGGAGGUGACCAGGAUCACCACUGGACGUGAGGUGUAUGACAGGCAAGUCGUGUAUGGCGAACGAGCCCUGGAUAUGGUCUUCGGAAUGCCAAACUUUGAUCCAGACCCAAACGAGAAAGUAUUUAGCUUGGCUGAUUUCUUUGGCGAAGAACCUGUCAUGCGAAUGACAACCUUGGCCUCCACUGGAAUGAUUGUCACAAGGCUGACAAAACUCUUUGGAGAUGAUCCCCAGUUCACAACCGAGAGAGCCCAAAGAAUGCUAGAAGUUAUGUUGGAGGAUUUGCAUAAGAACAGGAAAGAGGAGUACAUGAGCGCAGUUGGUCUGGCACUAUUGUUUGAUCGGGCUGGUGGCAGUCUCACCGAAAAAAUGAGCGCAGUCAUCGCGAAAGAAGAGCCAAAGAAGGUUCACGCGCAAGAGUUGAUUGCUGAGAUUCGUGCUAUUUGGGAUCAAUGGGAUCUGCGAGAUGGUGAGAGAGAUGACAAGUUAGAGUUUGAUGCCUUCUACAAUGGAUUCAUGGGGCCGUACUUUGGUUGCUACAGGUGUGAUGAGACGAAGUGCGCAUUGAAAGCCAUCGACAUGGAUGAAGAUGGAACAGUGGAUUGGAACGAGUUCGCCUUGUACUUAAAGUGGGCCAUUCGCGAGUACCCCGAGACCAGAACGGCUGAGGAUCUGCUGUCCAUUGCCUUCCGCAAAGGUCUGAUCCCGGCCAUGCAAGACGAGAUAUUAAAGCAGGUUUGAGGAACAUUCAUGCCAAGCCCAUUUCAUGCGUAGUCACUAUGGGGCCUAGUGUAUUUUAUAACGUUGUUUAAAGUCUCUUUCAUUAAGCAUUUUCAUUGUUACUUAACGCAGGAGGUUUCUUUGUAAGAUGUUUCUGUUUUAUUCCGUUUUCGCUUGACUUUGUAUAUCUUACAAAGUUGAUUGAGUAGUUUAAUUUCUUUUAUACUGCACUUCGUUUUCAUCAUUAAAAGUGUUUGAGAAUGCGGUCGUCUUGUUAUUGAACACCUGAGUACCACGAAGUCGAUAGGUACUAUACUUUUAGGUUCUGAGGAAUAUUCAUGCCAUUCCAGCAGUCUAAACUAUGUAUGAACUUUCAGAGAUUUUAUUGGGAGUAUAGUCUAUCGCCGCCAUAGGACCACCUCUUUAUUACGACCCCUUUCUUCCUGGUCCAAAAUAUAAUCCAG